GUAAGAGGCCGAACCAAAAAUUUUGACAAAUUUGAGAUGAAAACAUGAUGAGAAUAAACAUACUUAAAUUAUUAAAAAUAUUUCAAAUGGUUUUAAAUCAAUAGAUAUGUGUUUAUAAUUUUCACAUAUAGAUAUGGAUCCUGAGGAAUUAAAUUUAUAUCAACAACAGUUGGUUCAGAUAAAUAACGCAUUAUGUUCUUGCUCAGAAGGACCAGAAAAGCAAGAACUACUGACGUUAAAAGCCAGCAUUGAAGAAUUGUUAGAACUGACUAGGGAGGAUAGCAGUGAAAAAUUAAAGGCUGGUGGUACCAACAGCAUUGAUGAUGAAUUCGCAGCGUUUAUGGAGGAAAUGGAAAAAGAAGGGGCAGUGGAGACUAAAAAUAUUAAGGACUCAAGCGAAUGUAAUAAGGAAAUUAAUUUAGAAGAGAUCGAAGGAAAGAAAUGUAGAGCUCCACAUCACCAUCAUUGGGGCAAUGUUACUUACCAUAAUGCUAUGAUUUGUUCAGUGGUUUCUAACGAAAACGAAGAACUUAAGGUAAGGGUCCUUUUUAUAAACCCCACCCACCAAGAAAUGCUACCAUGUCCUUUCUAUUACAACUCAGAUUGUAAAUUCUCAGAGGAGCAAUGUAAAUUUUCUCACGGAGAAAUAGUACCCUAUUCAAGUCUUCAAGACUAUGUAGAACCAAAUUUUGACCAGCUGGAAGUAGGUAAUUCAGUAUUGGCAAAACGAAAUAACAACUUAUGGUAUAGAGCCCGUAUUAAGAGUAUACAUGGAGAUAAAUGUUUAGUCCAAUUUGACAGUAAUCGAAAGGAACAAGAAGUGGUUUUAGAACAUAUUUGUCCGUUGGAUAACUGUAAUGGAAGUAGUGAUGAUGAUAAUGAUGAAGAUGAUACUGAAAAUUUAGAAGAUGAAAGUAUUCAGGAAGAUAUUAUCAAUAUGAGCCUGACUGUCAAACCAAUGGAUCAGCGAAUGGGUGAUUGGGAAAAACACACAAAGGGCAUGGGGUCAAAACUAAUGAUGAAAAUGGGAUACAUCGUAGGAACUGGUUUAGGAAAACGUGCAGAAGGUAUAAUCAAUCCUGUUAAUGCUGUUAUAUUUCCAGCAGGAAAAUCUAUAGAUUAUUGCAUGAACCUCAGGGAACGAUCAGGUGGAGAUAAAGAUCUCUUCAGCGUCGAACGAAAAAUGAAACGUAUCCAACGAAAACAAGAAAAUCAAAGCAGAAAAGCAUACGAGAGAGAUCAGAAAAAAGAAGACCUUUUCACAUUUAUCAACAAAACCGUUCAGGCAACCAGUAGCCAGAACAACAGAUUAGAAACCAGACAAGACAUAAAGAAAGAAUCAUCUAGAGACUUAAAUAUUAAGAGUAUGACUAUACAGGAGGAUAUACGAAGAGCUGAAAGAGAACUGGACCAAUUACAAAGCUCUUUAGCACGACAUACGGACCAAACAUCUGAUAUAAACAAGAAAAUAAGAGAAAAAAUCACUCGGUUACAGACAGAACUUACGAAUUUACAAAAACAGGCACAAAUGAUUAAAAACGAACAGGGUUUAAGAGAAAACAAGAAGAAACUGACAGUAUUUUAAAUUUUAGAGGGGGAUUUGAAUCUUUUACUACCAAAAAGGAACUUCACCACAUCCAAUACAGUAAAUCUAAUACAAAAAUGGAGAAAGGAACGAGGCUUACCAAUGAAUCCUACUAAAAGUGGUGUUUUAACUGAUUCACCAGAUUACACUUUCCUAGAUGGUAGAAUUACACCUUACGGACAGGGCCAAAGACAGAGGAUCUUAGAACAACAUCAAGUAAAGAUGGAUAUCAUAAAUCUUACAAAAGAAAUAGAUUUUGCUGUAGAUAGGCACAAUAAAAUGCUAGCAGAGGCUGAGAAUAAGAAAAAA